UCAAGAAUAUCCGUUAUCGUUAUCGAUAACUCGGACGAAGUGUUUUUGUCAGCGACAAGCCAUGUCAAUGCUUCCCACUUUCGGCUUUACGCAAGAGCAAGUUGCGUGCGUGUGUGAAGUCCUGCAGCAGGGCGGCAACAUCGAGCGCCUCGGCCGCUUUCUGUGGUCCCUGCCUGCCUGUGAGCACCUCCACAAAAACGAGAGCGUGCUCAAAGCCAAGGCCGUGGUCGCCUUCCACCGGGGAAACUUCAGAGAACUCUAUAAGAUCCUCGAGAGCCACCAGUUUUCGCCACACAACCACCCGAAGCUUCAGCAGCUGUGGCUCAAGGCACACUACAUCGAGGCGGAGAAGCUGCGCGGCCGGCCGCUUGGCGCCGUGGGCAAAUAUCGGGUGCGCAGGAAGUUUCCGCUUCCCCGUUCCAUCUGGGACGGCGAGGAGACCAGCUACUGCUUUAAGGAGAAGAGUCGCAGCGUGUUGAGGGAAUGGUACACCCAUAACCCUUAUCCUUCACCGCGGGAAAAACGCGAGCUGGCUGAAGCUACUGGCCUGACCACAACUCAGGUCAGCAACUGGUUUAAAAACAGACGGCAACGCGACCGCGCGGCGGAGGCCAAAGAAAGAGAGAACAACGAAAACUCGAACACGAACAACCACAACGCGCUUACGUCCUCCGUGAAUGGAAACAAGACAAUGUUGGGUAGUUCGGACGAGGACAAAACUCCAGGCGGGACUCCGGAUCACACAUCGUCAAGCCCAGCGCUGCUGCUAAAUGCAGCCUCUGGUCUGCCGCCCCUUCACGGUCUGUCAGCUCCACCCGCGCCCAGCGCAGUACCCGUGCCAACCGCAGAGUCUCUGCACCACCAACACCAACACCACCACCACCACCACCACCACCACGGCCUGCACGACAACAUACUGAAUCCUAUGGCUUCCAGCUUGGUCGAUCUAGGCUCUUAAAAUGCAAAAAGGACAGACAAUGAGCAGGACGGUCGUCAACUGCAGAAUACUUAAGACUUGUGGAGCAUUGAUAAGGCUAAACACAGAAAGAGAAGGUAUUGGACAAAAAGAGUAAGUUGUUGAUGCUAUUUUGGAUGUUCUACACGCAAAGCCAAUAAGAGGGAUCUUGAGGUAUUUUUUUGAGAAUGUAGACUAACGUUAUGCUUAAAGCCACGGAACUACAAGGUCUUAACUCUUUAGAUUGCGACAAACCCUUGACCUCUUGGUCGCAUAUCCAACUUGUUUACAUGUUUUUCUGUUUUUUUGAAGGCCAUAGAGUUUCAUUUUGAUGGUGUCCCGUCAUAAGAAUUGUUUUGUUACCAGCGCAGCAAUUAAUAAGCUUAGCUCCUUUUUUCAUUUGUUUUUUUUUCUUUUGGAAAGCGACUGCAUGUAAAAGUUUGCGAUCAAUAAUAAAAUAUAAAGCCGAUCCCAUAGUUUCAUAUACCAUUUACAAUAAAAACU